GAGGGAGAGAGAGAGAGAGAGAGCAAAGAGAAAAGGACAUUGAGAGUAAAAUUAGUUUUCACUUGUAAGUUCGCAAGAAAAUUCAGAAGGUGCUCGCUUCCUCUCAGAAAUUCGCUGAAGAGAAGUGCAGCUCCAAUGGAAGCAAAGCCAGAAGAAAGUGAAGAAAAGGGUAUCAGAUCCUCAAUUUCAUUGUACUCCCUUCGUCUAUGGAACCAAAUUGUAGCAUUUCUGCCAUCAACUCGUGAUUCCAAUUUUCUUUGGAAGCUUUCGAGUCUUCUUCGCCGGAGGAGACGCAAGACUGGUCUUCCUCUUCCUCUACCCCUGAACUCGAUAAACUCUUCUGUAAUAACUGGUCAAUGGGAAAGCAAAAAGAAUUGGAGUUUAACAGUAACCGGCUGGGAACCAGCAGAGGCAUCUAGACUGUAUGAUGUCUUGGGCGAUCUUUUGGAGCACUGUUUUUUGAAUUUACAUAGCAUUUGGAAGAACUUGCAGUUCUGGCAAUCUCGUGCAGAGGGUACGAAUGCUCAAAAAGUUUACUUUAUGAUUUGUGAGAGAGGUCCAAGGGCCUUUUUUAGUGGAACAGCGCAGUUAAUGCGCCAAAAUUUUAGGGAUGGUUUUUCCUUGCAACAUGUUGCUCGUGAGGCAUCUCUUUACAUAGCUGACCGAAUAACUAUACUGAGCAACUUAAGAUGUCAUCUUGCAGUUUUUGUGGCUCAGGUCUUUAUGGAAAUUGACAAAAUUGGGGCGGAGGCAGUGAAUGAUCAACAAAAUUCCUUACCGUCAUUGUUGGUUACAUUGAAUGGCUUAUUUCUCGAUUUAGAGGCAUCAAUUUGUCAACUGCAUGCAGCACAUCAAAUGGAUUUAGUCGAUGGCAGCUUUUCAUUUCCUCUAUUUGAAAAAUUACCAGAUGUGAACAAGGAAGGAUCUCAGUGGACAAGUUGUGAAAUUGGCGAUGCUAUCAACUUGCUUUAUCAGAACCUUCACAAGUUGGACUCUUUCAUAUAUAUUCUUGUUUCUAAACAUCGAAAGCCAAGGAAACUAACUCAACACUGGCUUAGAUAUACUUGUGGUGCAGUUGGUCUUUCAGUCUGCUCUGUUUGGCUAAUCCAACAUAGUAGCUUAAUGGGGAGCAAUGACAUUGAGAAUUGGUUUAACGAAGCACAUAAUUCAGCAGUCAGUUUUUUCAAGGAUCAUGUAGAACAACCGCUUAUUUCAAUUAGAGACGAACUUUUUGAUACAUUUAGAAAGAGGCAUAAAGGUGUCAUGGAGGUUCAAGAGGUUCAAUUAACUGUCAACUCACUGCACAGAAUGUUACUUGCUUUCAGUGAACACACGAAAGGCCAGAAGUUUCCAGACGAUGCAUCAGAUCAAGAAAUGCUUGCAAUAGUUAUGGCCAGGUAUGAGAAAGAACUGAUGCAUCCCAUUCAAAAUCUUCUUAGUGGAGAGCUGGCCCGUGCUUUGCUUAUCCAGGUGCAGAAGCUAAAAUUGGAUAUUGAGACGGCAAUGCUUGAGCUUGACCAGAUUCUCAAGGCAAAUGAAAUCAAUUUCGCUGUUCUAGCUGCAUUGCCAGCAUUUUUUCUCUCACUUCUUUUGCUGAUGCUUUUGCGUGCUUGGUAUAAACAGGAUACUAGAGCUGAAGGGAAGGGAAGAGCUGCUCGGCUUCAGAGAAGACUACUUGUCGUGGAGGUGGAGAAAGCAAUUAUGCAAUACCAGAGUUUUGUUGACCAAGGACGUGUAAAAGAUGCUGAAUGUAGGUUUGGGUUACUGUUGUAUAGUUUGGGUCGGCUGUACCAUGCUUCCGAGAAGCAUGCCAAAGCAACCGGUGAAUGGCUAUAUUUGAGGCAGGAUAUUCUGGAUCUAGGGAAGCCUGGUCUUCCAACACGAGAUAAACUCAGAAUUACGUGGCGCAUGGAACGGGUGUACGAUUGUUUACUUCCCACAUUGAAAAGGUCAUAAUGCACGUCCUUUUCUUCUCUUCAACUCCACAGGAGUAUUUUUUGAUUUGCUUAAUGGAGGUAUUUUGCUCCCACACUUCCAAGCCUAAUAUUUUUGGAAAGCCCCCUGGUUAAACCCAGUUUGCGUUGCCUUCAUUAGCUUUUGAUAUACAAUGGUGUCUAGCCUGUUACUUUUUUGUUGGGCUGACAACUUCAAAUUUGUCUUCACGGUAGUAUUGGCCUUUGUUAGAGUACUUUAACAAAUGAAAGAACCGUUGAAAAUCAUGGAUGGAUUUCUUAUAGAACCUUCUUUUUGGAAGGAAAUAUUGUAGUUUUUCUUUGAAUAAUUAUUUUAUGAAGAAAUGAUAAUCACAGGGACUUGCACCUUUCUCAAGUCA